UUAACGUUCACAGCUAACAGGAACACGAAGAAGGACAGCCCCUUUUGGCCGUGUGUUGUGUUCUCUUAAAUUCCAAUUCUCCUGUUCUUACUUUCUUACUUGUCUUUGUGUUUUCACCAACAAAUUUCUUCACCCAUUUAAGGACAAAGUGAGCGACUAGGAGUCUGACCAAACACGAACAGUUGGGUUGCGUGGAGGGUUAGGCAGUAGCUGCGUGGGGAGGAAUUUUGGGAUUAAUGGCUAAUCUAACAGAGGACCCAGUUCUUGAAAUUAACGGUAUAAAGGUAAGGGAGGAGGAUACAAAUUUGGCUAUAGACAACAAGGGGGUAGUAAGGGAGGAAGGUCAAGGUGAGAGAGAUAUGUCCCCUCCUGGAGGCAAUUCUAUUCACAGGUCAGGUUCAAGGCCUCAGCUUGACCUUAGCAAGGCUGCAAUUGAAGGCAAUUUUGAGGAGAAGGAUCCCAUAAUUUUGUUGCCUAAUCAGUCUGAUGACAUUUCUCAUCUGGCUGUAGACCUUGGAGGGUCACUCAUCAAGUUGGUCUACUUUUCAAGACAUGAGGACCGAUCAAGUAAUGAUAAGAGGAAGAAGACUUUGAAGGAGAGAUUAGGGAUUUCCAAUGGUAGUAGGAGAAGCUACCCUAUUCUUGGUGGGAGGCUUCAUUUUGUGAAGUUUGAGACAAACAAAAUUAACGAGUGCUUAGACUUUAUUUCUUCCAAGCAGCUUCACUGUGGUGGAAUGGAUUCGCGUUGGCAUUCUGAGCUCCCAGCCGAUAACAAUGCUGUUAUCAAGGCCACAGGUGGUGGGGCAUACAAGUUUGCAGAUCUCUUCAAGGAAAGGCUUGGCGUUAGUCUGGACAAAGAAGAUGAGAUGGAUUGUCUUGUGGCAGGAGCAAAUUUUUUGCUAAAGGCGAUUCGCCAUGAAGCUUUCACACACAUGGAGGGUCACAAAGAAUUUGUGCAGAUUGACCACAAUGACUUGUUUCCUUAUCUUCUUGUCAAUAUUGGAUCUGGUGUUAGUAUGAUCAAGGUUGAUGGGGAUGGGAAAUUUCAGCGGGUUAGUGGGACAAAUGUUGGUGGUGGUACUUAUUGGGGCUUGGGGAGGCUGUUAACAAAGUGCAAGAGUUUUGAUGAGUUGCUAGAGCUGAGUCAAAGGGGAGAUAAUAGGACCAUAGACAUGCUUGUUGGAGAUAUUUAUGGUGGUAUGGAUUACUCUAAGAUUGGUCUCUCUGCGUCAACUAUUGCUUCUAGUUUUGGCAAGGCUAUUUCAGAAAACAAGGAGCUUGAGGAUUACAGACCAGAAGAUAUAUCCCUUUCUCUCUUACGAAUGAUUUCUUAUAAUAUUGGCCAGAUAUCUUACUUGAAUGCGCUACGAUUUGGGCUAAAGCGAAUAUUUUUCGGAGGAUUUUUUAUAAGAGGUCAUGCUUAUACCAUGGACACUAUCUCGUUUGCAGUUCAAUUUUGGUCAAAAGGAGAAGCACAAGCAAUGUUCUUGCGGCAUGAAGGGUUUCUGGGAGCUUUAGGUGCAUUCAUGAGUUAUGAAAAGCAUGGUCUUGAUGACUUGAUGGUCCAUCAGUUAGUUGAAAGAUUCCCAAUGGGUGCACCAUACACAGGAGGAAAGAUCCAUGGCCCACCACUUGGAGAUUUGAACGAGAAGAUUUCAUGGAUGGAGAAGUUUGUACGGAAGGGAAAUGAGAUUACUGCACCUGUACCAAUGGCUCCAACUGGCACUACUGGACUUGGAGGCUUUGAAGUUCCUUCAUCCAAAGGAGAAACUCUACGUUCUGAUGCGAGUGCUCUAAAUAUUGGCGUUCUUCAUUUGGUGCCCACUUUAGAGGUGUUCCCUCUAUUGGCAGACCCAAAAACGUAUGAGCCUAACACUAUUGAUCUUGCGGAUCCCAGUGAGUUAGAGUAUUGGUUUACUGUGCUGUCAGAGCAUUUGCCCGACCUUGUUGAUAAGGCGGUAGCAAGUGAAGGCAGAACUGAAGAUGCUAAAAGAAGGGGUGACGCUUUUGCUCGUGCAUUUGCUGCGCACUUGGCGAGGUUGAUGGAGGAGCCUGCAGCAUAUGGAAAAUUAGGCUUGGCCAAUCUAUUGGAACUAAGGGAAGAGUGCUUGAGGGAGUUCCAUUUUGUUGAUGCCUACAGAAGUAUAAAACAGAGGGAGAAUGAGGCAUCACUUGCUGUUUUACCUGACCUGUUAUUGGAGCUAGAUAGCAUGAGUGAGGAAGCCAGACUGUUAACUCUAAUUGAAGGUGUUCUAGCUGCAAACAUUUUUGACUGGGGAUCCCGUGCCUGUGUGGAUCUUUAUCAUAAAGGAACAAUUAUUGAAAUUUAUAGAAUGAGUCGCAAUAAGAUGCAAAGACCUUGGCGAGUGGAUAAUUUCGAUGUCUUCAAAGAGAGAAUGUUUGGGUCUGGAGACAGGAAGCCUCCCCCACAUAAGAGAGCUUUACUCUUUGUGGACAACUCAGGUGCUGACAUUGUUCUAGGGAUGCUUCCCCUUGCAAGGGAACUUCUCCGACGAGGAACUGAAGUUGUGUUGGUUGCAAACUCACUCCCUGCUCUAAAUGAUGUAACUGCAAUGGAGCUUCCUGACAUUGUAGCUGAGGCAGCCAAGCAUUGUGACAUCCUUCGCAGAGCUGCUGAAGCAGGAGGCUUACUCGUGGAUGCAAUGAUCAACACCUUAGAUGGUUCUAAAGAAAAUUCAUCUUCAGUUCCGUUGAUGGUCGUUGAGAAUGGGUGUGGGAGUCCAUGCAUUGACUUAAGGCAGGUCAGCUCUGAGCUAGCUGCUGCUGCAAAAGAUGCUGAUUUGAUUAUUUUAGAAGGUAUGGGUAGAUCUCUACACACCAACUACAAUGCUCGAUUUAAAUGUGAUGCCUUGAAGCUUGCAAUGGUGAAGAAUCAGAGGUUGGCAGAGAAAUUGAUUAAGGGAAACAUAUACGAUUGUGUUUGUAGAUAUGAACCAGCCAGUUGAAAGCUUCUUUUCAGACACUCAAAUAGUGACAGACACAGUACUUAAGAAGCAUGAUGUGGUGCCAUAUCAUAUUUAAGAAUACAAUUUAAGAAUGCAUUAGUUCUGUAUUACUCUCUCUCUUUGAUUUACCACCAAAGAGGCCCUUAUUACACUGAAGAAAGGGUUUGAACUGGCCAUCCAAUCCCCUAUUACCAUAUUUUUUGCUUGGCACAGCCCGAUCAAUUUAUUAUUAGUUUUUUCCAAUAUUUCAAUAAGUUUGUCAAGAAUAUUGUAGGUUAAUUGGUUGGCACCUCAAUUUUUAAUAGAGAUAUUCAUGAUUCAUAUCCCUAAA